AUGGAUAGUGUAACGGAGAAACUCGUACAGUGUUUUGGUCAUAAAAAAUUCAAAAGUGAACUUCAAGAGAGAGCUGUGAGAGCAAUAGCACGAGGAGUUCACGAUGUCUUUGUUUCAAUGCCAACUGGUUCGGGAAAGUCCCUCUGCUUCCAACUUCCGGCAAUGCUCCAGGACAAUAAAGUGGCAAUCGUGUUUUCACCCUUACUGGCUCUCAUCAAAGAUCAAAUUGACCACUUGUGCAAGUUAAAAAUAACAGCGGAAUCCAUAAACUCCAAAAUGACAUCUAAAGACAGAGAAAGGGUGCUGAAUGAUUUACGCAGUAUGAAACCUAGCACACGAUUUCUGUAUGUGACUCCCGAACAGGCUGCUACGGAAACCUUCAAAUCUCUCAUCGAGCAUCUAGUCAAGUAUAGGAAAGUGUCUUAUAUAGUAGUUGAUGAAGCCCACUGUGUGAGUGAGUGGGGGCAUGACUUCCGACCGGAUUACUUAAAGCUGGGAAACUUGAGGGAAACGUAUAAGACCAUACCGUGGGUAGCCCUCACCGCUACAGCCAGCAUAGAAGUAGUUAGAGAUAUUCAAACAAACCUCAAGCUCCUGAAUCCAGUGGCUCAGUUCAAAACACCUAGCUUUAGAAAGAAUUUGUUUUAUGAUGUUGUUUACCAAAAUUGUAUUCAGGACGAAAUCGGGGAUCUCGUUGAAUUUUUAAAGAAGAAUUUAAAAGACCCAGAUAAUGUUAAGCCAAAAGAUAAGAGUGUGGCAAUUGUGUACUGCAGAACAAGAGAACAAACAGAGGAUCUAGCAGGAAUGUUGUCAAAAAGAGGUCUUCCAGCCUUAGCAUAUCAUGGAGGUCUGAAAACUGGCGACAGAAUCUCAGUCCAGGAGCAAUGGUCGAAAGGCGAUUGCCCGUGUGUGUGCGCAACGAUAUCCUUCGGUAUGGGCGUAGAUAAGGCGAGCGUGCGUGCCGUCGUGCAUUGGGGUCUGCCGCAAAACGUUGCUGCUUACUAUCAGGAAUCGGGUCGAGCGGGUCGCGACGGCCGUUCCGCGUUCUGUCGCAUUUACUACUGCCGCAGCGAGCGAAACGCGGUGGACUUUCUGCUCAAGUCGGAAAUCGCGCGUUCGAAAACGCCCGAACAGAAGCAGAGAUGCAAGAACGCUUACAAGAGCUUCGAGAUAAUGGUCAAAUAUUGCGAAGACGUCAGAUGUCGUCACAAAACGUUCGCGGACUACUUCGGCGACGAGACGCCCCGCUGCGUAGACCGCUGCGACGCGUGCGCGGACGAGCGGGGCGUGCGACGCGCGCUCGAACAGCACAUGCGCCGCGCCAUGAGCGCACGACUCACCACGGGGCUCAUAGCUCAGGACGCGGAGGCCGAGGACCCCGACUUGUACGGCGGGGGACGAGUAGCGGCCGCCAGAGAGACCGAAUCGUACUACGGCGGCGACAGCGACGGAUCAGACAGCGACAGUCGCCGUCGCGUGGGCGAGGAGACCAAGUCCAUGAUACUCAAGGAGCUCGCCAACAGACGGAAGAUCAUCGAGCAGGACAGAAAACGGAACGACACGGAGUCCACUAAAUACUCCAAGUGCAAAGCCGCCGAGAGCACGGGGAAGAAGGUAAACGGACUAACAAUAAGCGGUCGCGAGGGCUACUUGACGCUGCUGGUGGACGCUCUCACCACCAACUUGGAGCGGAUGAAGGGAAUAGAGGAACCCGACCAUCAUCUGAAGAAGCACCACAUAGAACAGUGUGCGGUGGAGCUGGAGUAUGAGGUGUUCUCUGCCAGCACUGUCAUCAGCCUGUAUAGACGGGGAAUGUCUAAACUGAUAUCAGCAAUUAAAGGCUGUACAGACAGUCUAUAUCCAAAGUUAAAGGAGUUUAAGCCUAUGAAAGAAAAUCAAACUCUUGCGGAAUUCGUUCACGACUUUGAGAAGAAAAAAGAAUGUGGAUUCAUCACUGCAUCACAAUUGGAUUGCAAAAGAAAAGAAAAGUCGGAGUCAGUUAUGUCAAAAUCUGAUAAAGAAUCGAAGAGAAAAGCGAAUGCAUUCAGGAAGGAUCCCAUGACACAAACAAAACUAAAAGAGUUUUUCACGGUAAAGCAGAAUGAAGAUCCACAGUCCGAUACUGAUGAAGAUGGAGGUCUCUUGAUUGACGAGCAAGCUUCAACGAUUCACAACGAGACCACUCUAAAAUUAAACGCCGAUGACACAGUUAAAAUAGAAGACACUAACGAUACAGACCAUUCAGAUAACUCCAGCGAUCACAGCUCGCCCGAAAAACAAACGACGAAGAAAAUAUUCAUAAACAUCACACUACAGCCUAUGAAAAAGGAAGAAAAAGAGAAGACUAAAAUAGAAAGUGACAAAAAUAGUAAAGAAACAGUCAAUAAAGAGGACCCAAAAUCAAAACAUAUCAAGCCGACAGCGAAAAGAAAAAUUAAGGCUCUGUUCGGUGAAUCUGACAGUGAAGGGGAGCCAGACGGGAAAAAAACAAAAGUUUCUAAAUCGUCCUCAGAUAAGACAAAGACGCCCGAAAAACAUGAUAGCGAAGGGGAGUCAGACGUGAAGAAACCGAAAGUUUCCAAAUCCUCCUCAGAUAAGACAAAAACGCCCGAAAAACACAAAAAACAUAAAUCCAGUGAAAGGAAAUCGCACAAGAAAGACAAAGAGAGAAGGCAUAAGUCCUCCGAUGGUAAAAAAGAAAAGGAAGUAAAAGACGACAGAAGCGACAAGAAACUUUCUAAUCAUGAUGUGAAAAUAGAAAGUAAAGACGAAAAUAAAACUCACAAGCACAAUGAUGAAAAGACGCAUAGUGAAAAAAAUAGAUACCAGUCGUUUGAUGAUUCAGACUCGGAAAAAGAGUUGGUGAUAGAUGACGGGAACUGUGAUAAAUCUUCCAGUUUUAAUGACCAAGAUGAAACGUUGGUCAUAAAUAAUACUUCUAAAAGAAAUACUGAAGUGUUCGAUGACAGAUCCAUGUCCGAUAGUGAUAUGAUGUCUGAUAUGGACACGGAUCAAAAAACAAAACCCGGGGAAAAUAUCAACGACAAAUCGUUUGACAAGGACUAUCAGUUGAGUUUGGAGGCGGAAAAAGUUCUAAUGCAACUCAAACAAUUCACAGAAACAAAACCUACAGUUGAAGUCGAAAAAAAUAAGGUCGAAGAUACAAAGAUAAAUGUUUCUAACAACAACGACGUGUCUAUAUCACCGACGAAGCACGGGACAAAACAUAAAGAACCACAUAAACAUAGCCCACACAAACUUAGCAAAGAAAAGAAAGAAAAAUCACAUAAACAUAGUAGCAAAACAGAUAGGUCUCACGACAAAGAAAAAGCUAAAAUAAAACUGAAACAGAAAGAGGAGAAGAAAGAGAGAAAAGCUGAGAAGGUGGAUGUAGCUGGGCUCGUCGUGAAACUGCUUAUGCCUUAUUACAAGAAGAAGAAAAUUAAUAGCAGGGACCUGUUCAAAAUUACUGCCAGACACAUAGUGCAUCAACUGUUAGCCAUUCAAGUUACAGAGGAAGCCGCUAUAAGCAUGAUGUUAAAGAAAGCAUUUAAAAAGGAAAUCACAAUAGAGAAGGAGAGUGACUUGGAUUCGAAACUAAUUAUAAGUAAAAACUAAAACCAUAAUUUAUACUGUUGUUGUAAAUAUAAUUAUUGUUAAUGAGUGCACGUUUUUGAAAUGAAUAUUCUUGUAUAAUGUUUAAUGAAAAUUUUGUUACACAAUAAAAGUGACAAUUUAAAUUUGUUACAAUA